AUUCCCAAACGGUCGUUUCUCCGAAAAAUGAUGGACGUUUCCCUCCAAAAAAAAACAAUGGUUAGGUAUAUACUAUCUAAUGUUUCACGUUCGGGUUGUUAUAUUUUAUUGCGAUUAUAAAAUUUUUACUGCUCAUUUUUUUUUAAAUAUCUUAUGUGGACAAUUGAUCGAGUAUGAUUUAAGAGUGGACUUAGUGAUUUCUUAAUAACACUUAUCUAAACCUCUGAUAUAUUUAAAUUCUGUUGUUUAAAUGCUGUUGACGGUAAGCAUAUUUUCUUAUUCUGCCGUACGCAGUUGAGUUAUUUAUCCCAAUAACAAUUACACAUGCUGAGAUCUGUUUCAACGUUAGACAUGCCUUUUUAUACAACUCCUCGCAAGUCUCUUCGUUUACAUAAAAAUGAACCUUCACCAUUUUUACAUGAUCGAAAACGGGAAUUAUUUCCAGUUGAUAAUUGGGAUGAAGAUAGUCUUGACAUCAGACCUCUUCAGUCAUCUCCUGAAGUAUAUAAUCCUGGUCUAGCUUCUCCUGAAAACUCUUUUAAAAUGAAUUGUACUCCAGUCACUGAAUUAAGUCCUACUAUGAGUGAUAAAUUUGAAAGACUUAUGUCAGAAACAAAGGAUGGAAUUGUACGUUCUGCUACAAUUGUCAUUGAAGAAACUCCUAACUCUAGACGAGUUAAACAUUUUAACACAACACCAAUUGAAUCAGAAACUAACAAAGAAGCUAAGACCCCUUCAAAAAAAAGUUUUAAUUUUAAUUCAACGAAAAAUAAUAAGACUGAGAUUGCAGUUAAAACUUCAUCUUUUUAUGGAGGGAAUCAAUUAUCAUUAGAAGAUCUUCGUGUAAAAAGAUUUACUCGCUUAAAUUUUAAUCCAAAGGUAAAAGCUAAACUAUUUAAAGAUGGCAAAUCAACGAGUAAGAAAAGAUCGAGGUCAACUAGUCAAGAACAGAAAACUGUAACAAAUUUGUUCCCUGGUACUUUAUUACCUCAUAAAAAGAAAUCAACUGCUAAAAAAUUGUUUGAAACAACUGAAAUAAGUAAAAAAAAUGAUAAUUCAAUCGAAAAUAAUGUAAAUGAUAACAAUUUUAAUUUUUCAAAACCAUCUUUAAAAAAAAAUGAUUGGACCGAAUACAUUAAACAAAAAAAACCAGAACGUAUAAAGAUCGAAAUACCUGAUAACAGAAAAUUUUUCAAAUCUAAAGUUAUGCAAAUUGAUUCUAUAAAUAAGAAAGAAAAUAAUUUUAAUUUUAAAGUUGUGAAUUGGGUUGACAAAAAUAUAAUGAGCGACAACUUAAAAACAGAGUUUAAAACUGAUGAACAAGAUUUUAAUACAACAGAAAUACUUGAAGAUGAUGUCAUUAAACAUAUUGGAAAAGAAAUUAAAGAAUUAAUUGAGCUAUUAGAUGAUAAUGAAGAUGAUGAUAGUCCUUCAACUGCUAUACGAUAUCCUGGUUUGACAUCAAUGUCUGUAAAGAGAGAAAAUGAAGAUAAUGAGUCAUAUACGCCAAUGGCAUCGAAACGUAUGAAGAUUGAUGUACAAAACCAUAAUCAUGUUUUAAGAUCUCAAAUGCCUGAUCUAAUUAAAGAUGCUUAUGAUUUUGAUGAAAACUUUGCUGAAAACCAAUGUUGUUCAGCUAAUUCAUCACCAGCCACUCAUCCUAAAAAUUCGUCAAAUACAGUUGAAUCCAAUAAUAUGGUCAUUGAUAAAUCAGUAAACCCUUCAAAUGCUUCAAACGUUCCUAAUGAAUCGCAAUCAAAGUUAUUUUCAAUUUUCACUAACCCAACACCUUCACCUUCACCUAGUCAUCUUAUUCCUAAUUUUACUAAAAAAUCUACGGAGCGAAAAGUUAAAAGGUUUAUGGAUACUGCUCAAUACCAAAUUGAUGCAGGACAAAAAAAGUUUGGUGGUUUUUUGUGCAAGCAAUGUGGUCUUUAUUAUUCUAGAGGUGAACCAGAAGAUGAAGCAGAACAUGACAAAUACCAUUUAGCUAAAGAAAUUUUUAAGUAUAAUAGCUUUAAAAAUGAGAAAGUAGUUUAUCAAGAUUUAUUUGAACGCAUUAUUGUGAUAUCUAGUUCAGAUCCUAAAGUUAUAUGUUCUAAAGCAAUAGAAGUUAUGUCAUUUGUUGAUCAAGAACUUGGCUUUAACACACAAACUUCAAUUUUACCCUCUACUAAAAAGGUUUAUUUGUAUAUAAAAGAAAAACAAGUGAUUGGAUGUCUAGUUGUGGAGUUAAUAUCCUUGGCUUAUCGUAAUUUAGAAACGGAGACUGAAGACAUGGUUAUUAUUUCUGAGGAAUCAUAUCCUGUUAAGGUAGGUGUCAACCGUAUAUGGACAAAGUGGGAUAGUCGUGGAAAUGGAAUUGCAACAAGAUUACUUGACUCUUUCCGUAAAAAUUAUGCAUAUGGACAUGUACUCACUCUUGAUGAAAUAGCAUUUACUGUACCUACACGUGCAGGCAAACAAUUUAUUAAAAAGUACACAAAAAAAAAUGACUAUUUGGUUUAUACUGGAUGGUAAUUAAUAGUUUUAGUU